CCCAAAUAAUUAUCUAGUUCAAACAUUUUUUAUUUAAUUUCAUUUUAUGAAUCUACAAAACCAGAGUAACAUUUGUAAACAAAUUUAUGGUCACAGUAAUAUUACUUUCAAAUUCUUUAAUGCCUAGGGAAGAUGUGUCAAAGAGAAGAUUGUGCAGAUGUCACAAAAUGUUUAGUUUAACUUGAAUUUCCUUUCCUUUGGUACUCCCUGUGAGAAUCCUUAGAAAGGACAACCGUUGUUCUGUUCAAUGGAUGUUCUAUAAAUGAGCAAAAUGUGUGUAGUUAUGGACUAUUCCUGACUAAUAAAUAAUUACAGAGGGGGAAGAGGGAGAUGUCGAACUUACGUAAAUGUAUCACGAUAAUCCACCUCUUUAACCACCCUGAAUACAAGACACAAAAUGUCAUUUCACAUUUUGAAGCAGUUGUGGCAAAUAUUUCAUGCUAUGAGAGGUAUGUGAUUUCUAGAAGAUUAGCAUGAGUUUUACUUUGUUGCAGUAAACUAUGAACAGUAUAUUUGUCAUUAAAUCAUCUGAGUAGCUGCCGGAUUAUAGAAUUUAGAAGCAUUAGAUGUCAGGAAUCCUAUUUGCAAAAGAGGCCCAGAAAUUUAAAGAUAAUUUUAAUAAUACAUGGCAACUUCAUGUUUUACAAUGCCUCUAAUGGACAUGAUUUAAUGACAGGUCUCCCGUUGAAUUGCAUUGUAACCGUUCAUAUCAGUGUAUUUUUCUAUCUUUCCAGUUACAUUUUAUCUCUUUUCUAUGACAUUUUCUUCUGACUUCUGUGGUAUUAAGCAACCAUUCCUGCUUCAUAAAAUAGGAUUUUUGUGGCCCAUAAAAGUAAUGUCAACUCCUAGUUUCUGAAGUUUUCUAUAUUGAGGCAAUGUGCCAUAUCUGAUUUUAUGUGAGUAAUAAAAUCUUCAGGGAAUAUAAAUAUAUAUAUAUAUAAAUCUAUUUUUUCAUAUAAAGUUUUAAGCCUGGUGUUCAAAAAUAUUUUGGAUGUGUAUUUCAGCAAUGCCUUUUACAAAAAGUCUAAAUUGAGGCAUGCAUAGAUUUUAUUGAAUGUGUGCUUAUCCUGCACUUGUUCAGAACAAGAGCUCAUUUGGGUUGAAUUGUUAAUGUCAACCUAGAAUUAUGGAGGUGUGAUGCAAUAAUUAAACCAUUUUUAGUGCCUAUUUCAUUGAUCUUUAUCCAAUUUAUUUUGAUGUGCAAAGAAAAAUUAUUUUAAAUAGCUAGUUUUUAUUGCAUAAAAAUUAAGAUCUGCAAGGGAUUAAUUAAAAUCUUUAUUGUAAUGCCUUCACAAGUUCCUUCAUCAACAAACCAUAAAUGUGGUUUGUUCACAAGAGAGCAAGCAAUUUUUGGCAAAUAUGACAAAUAUUUGUAAAUAUUAUAAUUUAUUCCAGAAUAAACAAGUAAUCAAUUCUGGUAUGAGAUGAAAUGUUACCUAAUUUCUGGAUUAAAAGAUAUCAUGAAAUCAUUUCAUAAGGAGUAAAUUGUAUGUGUGUGUAUAUGGAGAAUGAGGGAGGCAUAGUAAUCUUCUUAACACUUCUGCAAUAGGUGCUACGUUUAUGUUAAGAAUGAGUAGAUGAACAAUUUUAAUAAGGUAAUCUGUUAAGUGAGACGACUGGGCAAAACUCAAGGCUAUCAGAUCCUACUCACAUGUUCCAUGUGUAAUAAGGAGGUGUUAGUUCCAAACUGAAAUAAAACAAAUAAGAUUCAAUGCAAUGGAAUACCCACAAGUUGGGGCAGCAGUUGGAUGAGCACUGCUACUUGUCCUCCCAGGUUUUACUCCAGAGUUCCCAAUUUGAAUAAAAUCUGACAAACAAUAAAUCAAAACUAAUUUUACCCAUAAGAGUAGCAUUUUGGUGAAUGCUUCUCUUGUGAGGGUGAUUGGUAAGUGGCAUCAACAUGGUUAAAGUUAUUUCUUAAAGCAGCUGCAAAUGCCAAUACUUAUGAGGUUAUUUCAAGUGUUAUCAAGUGUAUUACUACCAGGUAAAGCAAUGCAAUUCAGUAACCUUUCAACUUCUCAGAUUCAGAGGAAGUGAAUUUAAUUAAUCUGUGAAUUAAAUAAUGUAUCAACCAGUCUACAUGAUGAGACUAGUUAUCUAAAAUAAUUCUGGCUAGAUAAUGUAACAAGGUACGGCAUGGUCUGUAGUAUUUGCAGUUGGUAAAUAAGGACCAUUAACUUGGUUAAUGGGGGAUAGAAUCGUUAUGCCAGGACUGGACCCCCAAACCAUGUUUCAAUAACUGUCCUCAACAGGAGCUUACUGUUGUCACCCAAUAUUUGUAGAGUGGUGAAUGACAUAUACUCCUUUCUUAACAAUGUAUGACUGUUGGUUUUAUGGAUUUUUGUUUGUCUGUGUUGGAAAUCAAAUCAAAUAUAAAUUAACUGAAAAAAAUGUGGGACUAGUGAAUUCUUUCACACAUUUACUGUGACCAACAUUAACUUGCAACUAAUCAGCAAAAACAUGUAUUAAGAAUGUAUGAACUGAACUUUGUGUUCUUGGUAUAAUUUCAAUGGUAUGAUCAAAAUUGUACAUUCUUUUACAAAAUGCCCUUUCUCAAAAAAAAACUGGCUUCAGAUUUGAGGCUUAUUUGUUACCUUAAUUCUUAAAGUUUACUGUAACCCUACUUGGUGGGUUGGUUGCAUAAAAAUCAUAUUUUUACUACUAAAACAAAAGCAAUUGAAAUGUUUGUGACAUGUAGUUCAAUAUUUUUUAGAAAUGAAGAAUUGAAUUUGACAUGUAUUUUGUCACUCCCUAGGGUAUUCUUCUAUAAGCACAUUUCUUUCUUCUAGCUGACUUGAAGUGAAGAUAGGAAAUUAAGACUGACCUUUAGUGCAAUUUGAAAAUAUCUAUAAACUUGGAUUGGGUAUUGUGGGAUUAAAUUAAAGAUAACAAUACUAUUUCCAAUUUUGUUCAUCAUUCAAUAUUUCUUUGUGUUCCAAGAAAUUUUAGUGAGUUCAUUUUUGAUAUUUGUUAUUUCUAAUCUUAUCUUCCCAGGUUUUACUCAGAGUUCCCAAUUUGAAUAAAAUGUGACAAACAACAACAACACAACAACUUGGAUUUAUAUAGCGCCCUCCACGCUGGACUGCGUCUCAGAGCACUUAGAACUAUAGAUCAAAACUAAUUUUACUCAUAAGAGUAGCAUUUUGGUGAAUGUUUCUCUGUGAGGGUGAUUGAAUUUCAAAUGGUUACUUAGUGCAUGAACACUGCAAACAGGAGUUGCUUUUUGUGCUGAAUACCAGAGCCAGAAAUGUGCAAGAAAGCUGUAACACUGUCCAAUUGUUUGAAUGACACUCCAAAACGAACAAGAAUUGAGAGAUAUCCACCCCUCCUGACACAAUACUGAAGGCCGCAAAACAUUCAACAGGCACUAUUUCAGAGAACUAGGAUUUCAAGUGUGGUCAUAAAGAAGUGGGACUGAUGCAUUUUGGGUUUAGUGCCCCAUCUGGUGGUGGGGAACACUGGAACUGAUUGGAUACAUGAUUGAGCAUUCGAACAAAAUUCCAAUGGAUGCAGUCAAAUGAGGAGCUAGAGCAAAAAGGAGUGUUUGAAUGCAAGUUAUGUGGCCUCACAGCUCCAUACAGCUACUAUGGUCAGAAACCACCAAAUCCCCAUUCCAUUGUGUUGUUGGAGAAAUGCUACACAAUGAAAGAUCCUUUCACCCCUGAUAAAGACAAAUUCCUCAUCCUGGGUGCCCAUUGCCAUUUGUGCAAUACAACCGUCUGUGUUGGACAGGAAUGCAGCCUUUUCUAUACCAAGCGUUUUUGCAUCCCCUGUGUGAAAGAGAACUUGGAAGAAUUCCCUAAAGAGAUUCAGUCUGACUUAGAAAAAAAAGAAAAAACCCAGGCUUUGAAGUGAUCAAAAUACAAGUCCUCAGGUGGUCAAACCAACAAUUUGGGUAUGUGUAUAACUGCAGAAGGAUGGUUCAAGCAGUGUGUGAAAAUACGACUUUACAUUAAAAUAGUGAAAUGGUUCA